AUGGCAGCGCAAGAGCCCGUGAAGCGCCCCCGGCUAUCGGCAUGGAAGGUUCUGGCAGUGCUGUCGCUGCUGGUGCUGUUGACGCCCGUGUGGAUCGCGUACGGAUGCCUGGGGGCGCUUUUGACGCUUCCGUCGCGCACGAUUGCCAAGACCGGGCUGCACUUCCUGGCUGUGCUGGGACUUUGGCUUCUAUUUCAAGUCUUCCUUACCGAUGUUGAAGGGGGAACAGACGACAAAUGGACAAAGCUGGCGCUGGCGGGAUGGCUUGUUGCGCUGCUGCUAGCCCAGCGGAAGUUGGAUCAACUGCUGGUAUUUCACCUCAGCCAGAAGCCAGAGGAACGCCGCAUGGAUAUCGUUGGCAGUAUGCUGCUGGCAACGUUUGCUAUUGGUGCAGCAUCUUUGUGGAGACCAAGUAUUGAUAAUUUCGAGGAUCUUUCAAAGCACUACGACGUGUGGGAAUAUGUAAAUGAGCUAAUGGUCGAGGCAUUGGAGGGCUGGAGAAAAGAGCUGAAGUUCGACAAGUUUUACCUUGGCGGCCACUCGAUGGGAGCUAUGUUUGCUACCUCAUACGCUGUGAAGUAUCCAGGUCAUGUCGAGCAUCUAGCGCUGAUUUCCCCCGCUGGAGUCGGCCACCCACCAACAUCGAAAAAACUACCACUCGGACUUCGAGUUUUCCGCUCUAUUUGGAAUCUGCGACUGACCCCAAUGAGUGUCGCGAGGUAUGCCGGUCCCUUCGGUCCACGCUUGUUGCGCUUCAGCACAUCUGUGCGCGUAGGUGUGAUGCCCGAGACGAGCUGUAUUCGCCGCGGACUGAUCCCACAAGACGCGCUGGCCGCCUACUGGUACAACAAUUGGGCUCUAGAGAAAUCUGGUGAGAUCGCAAUGCAUUCGCAUUUGCUGCCUGGUGUAUUUGCGAAGAGGCCGCUUUGCGAGAUGCUCACGCCGGAGAGCAUCGAAAUCCCCAUCACUUUCAUCUACGGCGGCGGGCCCGACUGGAUGAGCUCAAGCCACGGCGAGAAGGUCGCAAAGGCGUUCGAGGGCAAGCAGACUGUGGAGGUCCUGCUCGUGCCGGGCGCGGGACACCAGCUCUUCAUGGACAACGCGCCCGCGUUCAACGAGCUGCUCCUCGCGGCCCUCCUAAGGUACGGUGCUGAAGCGGUGCUGCUCGCUGCAGGUGUGGCGACGGAGGGCCGACUGUGGCACUGGGUGCCUGCCAGCUAUUCCAAACUCGAGGAGGCCGAGCGCAAGAUUCUCACACGAGCCAUUCCGACGCCGUUCGAGAUGAAGAAGGUCGCGCAGCUCGGCACCGUGGUGGUCCCCUGUUCGGACGAGAAGAAGCGCGUCAAUGCAAAGAACCUCGUGUUGAUUCACGGCUUCGCUGGUGGCAAUGCAGUGUGGGCAAUGAACUUGGAAAAACUGUCCCAGCACUUCAACGUGUAUGCGGUAGAGUGGAUCGGUGUUGGCCGCUCGGAUCGACCGGACUUCAACUUCAAAGAUUACGAUAGCGCCAACGACUUCAUCGUGGGGUCGUUUGAGAACUGGCAAAAGGAGAUGAAGUUGGAACAGUUCGAUCUGUGUGGCCAUUCCAUGGGGCACCUGGUAUUAGCGUCUCCAGCGGGGAUGCCUCACCCACCACCACCCCCCGACCCGAGUACAGAAGAAGGAAAAAUUGCCAACCGCUCGUGGUUGAGGCGCAUGGUUUUCUCGGCGUGGGAGAACGGAGUAACGCCGAUGUCCCUGGCUCGCUUCGUAGGUCCCUACGGCCCCAAGCUGGUACACAACGUGGUUCACCGUCGAGCCUCGUUCAUGUCGGAAGGAAGCGCUAUGCGUGACGGCCGUGUCGACCUUACUGAGUUGGCCGAGUACAUUUACCACAACUGGGCACUCAAACCAAGCGGCGAGCGCGCCAUGACCACACACCUGGCUCCAGGUGCACACGCAAUUCGUCCACUGGUGGACCAACUGCUCCCUGAAAAGGUGAAAAUGCCGCUCACGUUCAUUUACGGCGAGUACGACUGGAUGGACUACCGCCAUGGACAGGGUAUCGUAGAGCGAUUCCAAGAGAAGAACCGAGCUGCUGAGCUUUACCGUGUGCCGAACGGAGGACACCAAAUGUUCCUGGAAAACCCGGACGACUUCAGCCGUAUCCUGAUCGAGAGUCUAGACAAGUAG